AGUCAACCGGUGACGUUACAACUAAAGAAGAAGUAAUAGUAGAAAUAAAGGAAGGGAAAAAAGGGGCUAGAUUUUUUUUCUUCCGCUACCGGUGGACUUGUGUUGGACCCAACCGCUCACAGCACAAAGAACAGAACAAAUAAGAGCUUUGGACAUCGAGGGAUCUGCUUACGGACCGACAAUGGCUGUGAACGUCUACUCCACCUCAGUGACCAGCGACAACUUGAGUCGCCACGAUAUGCUCGUGUGGAUCAACGACUCUCUGCAGAUGAACCUCACCAAGAUCGAGAUGUUGUGUUCGGGUGCUGCCUACUGUCAGUUCAUGGACAUGUUGUUCCCGGGCUCUCUGCCUUUGAAGAGAGUGAAAUUCGGCGCCAAGCUGGAGCACGAAUACAUCCACAACUUCAAGCUCCUCCAGAUUGCCUUCAAAAAGAUGAGCAUCGACAAAAUCAUUCCAGUGGACAAGCUGGUGAAGGGCAAGUUCCAAGACAACUUUGAGUUUGUCCAGUGGUUCAAGAAGUUCUUCGACGCCAACUACUCCGAGAUCGGGUACGACCCAGUGGAGGCCAGGAAGGGCCAGGACUUGCCGCCUACGGCCAACGCCGCCACGUCUGCGCUUAACAAGACCCCGAAGAAGGCCAUCAAUCGUGCCGCUCAGAGGCCGCCAGUUGCCACGGUCGCUCCCAAGGUGGUGUCCGUCGCCGCCAGGAAGUCAGCGGGUGCCGCCGCCAACAAGGACGGGGCGGAGGUCCUCUCAGAACUGGAGGACCUGAGGUGUACCGUUCAGGACAUCGAGAAGGAGAGAGACUUUUACUUCGGGAAGCUGCGGAACAUUGAGCUGAUUUGCCAGGAGAACGAAGGCCAGGGCGAUCCCGCGCUGCAGAGGAUUGUGGAAAUCCUCUACGCCACAGACGAGGGCUUCGAGAUCCCGGAUGCCGACGAGCCGGAGGAGUUUUAGCACCGGGAGACCGGAAGCAGUUUUUUCCCCUCCCCCCCGUCAAACGUGGAUGUCGUGAACGAUCCUCGGCGUCCUCGCUCGAGUCCUGCAUGAGCGGACCUCCGCUGCCGGCGCCGGACUCGCAACUCCUCUGGCAACAAAAUUCUCUUCCUCCACGCCAGGAAGUAACUGAUGUUUGUAUCGCACUUGAGUGUAAGAAAAUGUUCUGCGUGUUUACUUGUAUGUACUGUACAUUUCUAAUAAUCCAAUCUCGACGACGUCCUCCGACGUUCCGACUCAGAACUGGGUUGCCCCAGUUGUUUUUCUGUCAUUUUCAUCCAGUUAGGCAGCCGCAGCCACCGUGUGCCUCUCGCUCUCUCUCUCUCUCUCUCUCUCUCUCUCUCUCUCUCUCUCUCUCUCUCUCUCUCUCUCUCUCUCUCUCUCUCUCUCUCUCUCUCUCUCGUUUUGACAUUCCCAACUGGUCCAGUUAUUUCGAAAGAAGCCAACUGUUUCACACCACGCCGGCCAUAUUUGAUUGGAUUUUUACUCUCAGCAAAUUCUGUUGUGUUCUUUUGGAAGCACCAUUCCCCUUUGGCAUAUGCGUGAGACUCUCGGUUUGGUCGACACUUGUACUCAAAAGUCAUAAUGUGAUGGAGUGAUUUCAUCUGAUCGCGAUGAGUCCAACCAGGUUCAGUGUUGUGUGGUCAUUGUACUACGUGUGUAAAGAUGUUUGUAUCUUUUGAGAUUAUUCUUCGGGUGCCCGCCAUUCAGCGAUUGGGUAAUGAAAAGGCGCAAAAGUUUUAAACGCUUGGAUCGGCCGGUCCUGCCAAAUCCUCGAGACAAGAAGCAGCCUCGUGCUUUGACGGCCUUUAACUGAGUGAAUGUUGCACACAAUCAGACGGUGCCUGCGUGUUCUUUUGCCUUCUACCUAAUAAACAGACUGUUUUGAAAUCAA